AUGCCUCUCGAUACCUCAACCACAUACCCUCUCACCCGGCUGCGUCUGGACGGCCGCCGGUGGAACGAACUGCGACUGCUCCAGGCUCAGAUAUCUACGAAUCCUGCCAGCUCGGGCUCGUCUUACCUUUCCAUGGGUAAUACUGCAAUUAUGUGCUCUGUCCACGGUCCCGCCGAGGGUCGCAGGGGCGAGGCCAGUGGUACGGCAGGCAGUUCAGGCGCUGUUGUGGAGGUGGACGUGAACAUUGCUGGAUUCGCCGGUGUGGACCGACGGAGGAGAGCCGGAGGCAGUGACAAACAAUCAUCUCGCAUUGCAACCACUCUUCGCUCUGCUUUCCAGUCGCAUCUACACACCUAUCUUUACCCGCACAGCACGAUCAGCAUCCACGUCUCAGUGCUCUCCGCCGACGGCUCUCUGCUUGCGGCUGCGAUUAAUGCCUGCACACUGGCUCUGGUGGACGCAGGCAUUCCCAUGCCCGGACUGCUCUGCGGCUGCACAGCAGGCAUGAGCGGUAGCGCAUCCACUCCGCGGGACCCCCGUAGUGAUGAGCUAGAUCCGCUACUUGAUCUCUCUCUUCCCGAGGAACAGGAGCUUCCCCAGCUCACCGUUGGUACCACGACCUCGGUUCCCGUGGGAGAGAACAACAUGGACGAGGAGGAAGGGGAGACCAAGGUGGCCGUGCUGAACAUGGACUCGAAGCUGCACUGUACGUACAUUGAAACGAUGCUGGCUGUCGGGAUGGAUGGAUGCAACCAGAUCCGCGAGCUGCUGGAGGGAGUCAUCAAGGACUCCAGCCGGGCAUAA